GAAGAGCUGCUGUAACAACAUAGAAGUGAAAACUAACAUAUGCCAAGUUUUGCUAUGCAUUGAAGAAAAAGCAGUGUCUGUGAAGUUCUGUAUUUUAAAAAAUGUCUGCUUGUAACACCUUUACUGAACACGUUUGGAAACCUGGUGAAUGCAAGAAUUGCUUCAAACCUAAAAGCUUGCACCAGCUUCCCCCAGACUCUGAGAAGGCACCCAUCACCCAUGGCAAUGUGAAAACUAAUGCCAAUCAUAGUAACAACCACCGUGUCAGGAACACUGGGAAUUUCCGGCCUCCUGUGGCUAAAAAACCCACUAUAGCUGUGAAGCCCACUAUGAUGGUGGCAGAUGGGCAAAGUGUAUGUGGUGAGCUUAGUAUCCAAGAACACUGUGAGAACAAACCUGUCAUCAUAGGAUGGAACCAAAACAAGACUUCUUUGAGCCAGAAACCACUUAACAAUAAUAAUGAAGAUGAUAUUGAAGGAUUUGGCCAUGUUCCUAAGCAGUAUGGCAGUAAUGACAGUGCAAAGAAGAUAUCAAAUAACAAUAAUGGACUAACUGAUGUGUUAAAAGAGAUAGCAGGCCUAGAUACCACCCCUCAAGUGAGAGGAAAUGAAACAAACUCCAGAGAAACAUUUUUAGGGAGAAUAAACGAUUGCUAUAAACGUUCACUGGAAAGAAAGAUUCCACCAAGUUGCAUGAUAGGUGGUGUGAAGGAUACUCAGGGCAAGCAUGUUAUACUGAGUGGGAGCACAGAGGUCAUCAGUAAUGAAGGAGGCCGGUUCUGCUACCCUGAGUUCUCAAGUGGAGAGGAGAGUGAGGAAGAUGCACUUUUAAGUAACAUGGAGGAGGAGCAUGAGAGCUGGGAUGAGAGUGACGAGGAGCUGUUGGCCAUGGAGAUUCGCAUGAGAGGGCAGCCUCGCUUUGCUAAUUUUAGGGCAAACACUUUGUCUCCUGUUCGAUUCUUUGUGAGCAAAAAGUGGAAUACUGUCCCCCUAAGGAAUAAGUCUCUGCAGAGAAUCUGUGCUGUAGACUAUGAUGACAGCUAUGAUGAAAUCCUUAAUGGUUAUGAGGAAAAUUCUGGGGUUUCCUAUGGUCAAGGAACCAUUCAGAGCAUGGUUUCAUCUGACUCAACAUCACCAGAUUCCUCUUUGACGGAAGAAUCACAUUCUGAAACAGCUAGUAAUUUAUCCCAGAAGAUUUAUAAUGGGGCGAUAUCUCCUGGUAACCCAGGAGAUUCUAAGGACAUGAAAGAAAUUGAGUCUAACUAUGAAAGUCUCGCUGGUAAUAAUCAGAAGGAUUUAUCACAAACUUGCAAAGGCUCAGCAAAAGUUCCAGAGACACACAAAGCAGUCCUUGCUCUCCGAUUAGAAGAGAAGGAUGGCAAAAUUGCUGUACAAACUGAGAAACUAGAAAGCAAAGCCUCUACAGAUAUUGCUGGUCAAGCAGUAACCAUAAGCCUUGUCCCUGUAGAAGAGCAAGCAAAGCCCUACCGAGUCGUAAAUCUGGAACAGCCAUUGUGCAAACCAUAUACCGUUGUGGAUGUGUCAGCCGCCAUGGCCAGUGAGCACCUUGGGAGCCCCAAGAGAAAAGUUUCAUCUUCUACUCCAAACUCUCCAGUGACAUCACCUGCAUUGACACCAGGACAAAUAAGUACUCAUUUUAAAAAAUCCAGUGCAAUCCGAUACCAGGAAGUGUGGACUUCCAGCACCAGUCCACGACAAAAGAUCCCCAAAGUAGAAUUAAUUACUGGAGGAACUGGACCAAAUAUCCCUCCAAGAAAAACAUGCCAUAAAUCAGCACCUACUUCACCCACAGCUACAAAUAUUUCCUCCAAAACCAUCCCUGUUAAGUCACCUAAUUUGUCUGAAAUAAAAUUUAAUAGUUAUAACAACGCUGGUAUGCCACCUUUUCCCAUUAUCAUUCAUGAUGAGCCAUCCUAUGCUCGAAGUUCCAAAAAUGCUAUUAAAGUUCCCAUUGUUAUUAAUCCAAAUGCAUAUGAUAAUCUAGCCAUCUAUAAAAGCUUUCUGGGAACAAGUGGAGAACUCUCAGUAAAGGAAAAAACCACAAGUGUAAUAAGCCAUACUUAUGAAGAAAUAGAAACUGAAAGCAAAGUGUCUGAUAACACCACUAGCAAACUCCCUGACUGUCCUCAAGCUAAAGGGUUUUCUAACAGCACAGAGCAUAAAAGAGGCUCAGUGGCUCAGAAGGUUCAGGAGUUUAACAGUUGUCUCAGCAGAGGUCAGCCUUCUCCACAGAGAAGCUACAGUUCCAGCCACAGCUCCCCUACAAAAAUCCAGAGACCCACUCAAGAGCCUGUGGCCAAAACAGAAAGUGGGCAGGAGUCUCAGAUGGCGGGCAGCAGUGGCAGCAUCAGGGAGAAAGCAAGCACAGUGCUUUGUCAGAUUGUGGCUUCUAUCCCACCCCCCCAGUCUCCUCCAGAAGCACCUCAGUCUAGCCCUAAGGCUUGCAGUGUGGAAGAGCUUUAUGCCAUUCCUCCAGAUGCUGAUGCUACAAAAAGUAUACCUAAAACUACACCAGUCCGGCCCAAAUCUCUCUUUACAUCUCAGCCUAGUGUGGAGACUGAGGCACACCAGACCACUGAAAGUCCUCCUACUAAAAUUCAGAAAGAUCCAGUCACAAAGCCAGUCAUUUCUCCACCCUCCAAAUUAGUGACCAACCCCCAGAGUGAGCCACCACCUCCCUUUCCCCCACCACGCUCUACUUCUUCCCCUUACCAUGCAAGUAACCUUUUGCAGAGGCAUUUUACCAGCUGGACAAAGCCAACCAGUCCUACCAGAUCAACAGAAGCUGAAUCAGUUUUGCAUUCUGAAGGCAGCAGGCGAGCAGCUGAUGCAAAGCCUAAACGUUGGAUAUCAUUUAAAAGCUUCUUCCGCCGUCGGAAAACAGAAGAGGAAGAAGACAAAGAGCGAGAGAAGGGAAAACUGGUGGGUUUAGAUGGUACAGUCAUCCACAUGCUGCCACCACCUCCUGUACAGCGCCAUCACUGGUUCACAGAAGCAAAAGGAGAGUCCAGUGAGAAACCUGCCAUUGUCUUCAUGUACAGGUGUGACCCUGACCAAAGCCAGCUUAUUGUGGAUAAGAGCAAGGCUGGGACAGAACAGGCAGUGGUUACAGAGAAAGGAAGAACAGAGGAUGUGUUACUCCGGGACUUAGAAGAAAAGAAAAGUGGCCAUUCUUCUCCAUUGCAAAUUCCUGAAAAAGUUCACAGUCACAUGACCCAUGAAGUGGCAGAGGAAUUUUCUCCUCAAGAUCCAAGAACUCGUGUUGUGAAGCAAGAUGGCAUUUCAGUCACACCAGUAUUGUCCCCACCUGACCUGGAAAGGGAAGAAGAAAAAGAUGACACUUCAGAUCCUAUAGACCUGAACCCCUGUAGUGCAACAUACAGCAACUUAGGCCAAUCUAGAGCAGCUAUGAUACCUCCCAAGCAUCCACGGCAGCCCAAGGGAGCUUUGGAUGACGCCAUUGCCUUCGGAGAGAAAACAGACCAAGAAAUAUUGAGUGCUUCCCAACCCACACCACCCCCACUGCCAAAGAAAAUGAUAAGAGCCAAUACAGAACCAAUCUCCAGAGACCUUCAGAAAUCCAUGGAAAGUAGUCUUUAUGUCGUGGCUAAUCCUACCUAUGAUAUUGAUCCCAACUGGGAUGCCAGCAGUGCUGGCUCUUCCAUUAGCUAUGAACUCAAAGGACUGGACAUUGAGUCUUGUGACUCCUUGGAGAGACCUUUGCACAAGGAGAGACCUGUCCCUUCAGCAGCAAACAGUAUCACCAGCUUAACCACUCUUAGUAUUAAAGACAGAUUUUCCAACAGCAUGGAGUCCCUGUCCAGCCGACGUGGUCUCCCCUGCAGACAGGGUCGAAUCAUCCAGAAACCACAGAGACAAGCACUUUAUCGAGGACUUGAAAACCGAGAGGAAGUGGUGGGUAAAAUCCGAAGCCUUCAUACAGAUGCCUUGAAGAAACUGGCUGUUAAAUGUGAAGACCUCUUCAUGGCUGGGCAGAAAGACCAACUCCGUUUUGGGGUGGACAGCUGGUCAGACUUUAGGUUAACCAGUGACAAACCAUGUUGUGAAGCAGGUGAUGCUGUUUACUACACUGCCUCAUAUGCAAAAGAUCCACUUAAUAACUAUGCAGUCAAGAUCUGUAAGAGCAAAGCUAAAGAAUCUCAGCAGUAUUAUCACAGCUUGGCUGUCCGACAGAGUCUGGCUGUACAUUUUAACAUCCAGCAAGACUGUGGUCAUUUCCUUGCUGAAGUCCCUAACCGUCUGCUUCCCUGGGAAGAUUCUGAUGCCCCUGAAAAGGCAGGGGAUGAAAUGGAAGACAUUGAGGAAGAGGCGAAAGAAGAAAUUGAUGAAAAAAAUCCAGAGCCCUGCUCUGAAACAGAGUCAUCGGAGAAAGAGAGCCAAGGAGUCACAAGCAGGAAGCAGAGAAGCCAUGUUGUAGUCAUCACCAGAGAGGUUCCCCAUCUCACUGUGGCCGACUUUGUGCGAGGCUCUUUGCCCCAUCAUGAGAAAAGCCCUGACUUGUAUGAGAGGCAAGUGUGUCUGCUGCUCUUACAGCUGUGCUCUGGCCUUGAGCAUCUCAAGCCCUACCAUGUCACUCACUGCGAUCUACGCCUUGAGAACCUGUUGCUUGUCCACCACCAGCCCGGGGGAACUGCCCAGAGCCCUGGGUCUGCAGAUCCUAGCCCCACCUCAUCUUAUCCCACAAGGCUUAUUGUGAGCAACUUCUCUCAAGCCAAGCAAAAGAGCCAUCUGGUGGACCCUGAGAUACUCCGAGACCAGUCCCGCCUUGCCCCAGAGAUCAUCACAGCCACUCAGUAUAAAAAGUGUGAUGAGUUCCAGACAGGCAUCCUCAUCUAUGAGAUGCUGCACCUGCCCAACCCUUUUGAUGAGAACCCAGAGCUGAAAGAGAAGGAGUACACCCGUACAGAUCUGCCUCAAAUCCCUCUCCGUUCUCCCUACUCCUGGGGCCUGCAGCAGCUGGCCAGCUGCCUCCUAAAUCCCAACCCUUCUGAGCGCAUCCUCAUUUCUGAUGCCAAAGGCAUCCUUCAGUGUCUGCUCUGGGGUCCUCGUGAAGAUCUUUUCCAAACCUUCACCACUUCCACAAGCCUAGUGCAGAGGAAUGCCCUGCUCCAAAACUGGUUGGACAUUAAGCGAACACUGCUGAUGAUCAAGUUUGCUGAAAAGUCCUUAGACAGAGAAGGGGGCAUAAGCCUCGAGGACUGGCUUUGUGCUCAGUAUCUGGCUUUUGCCACCACAGACUCCCUGAGUUGUAUUGUAAAAAUCCUGCAACAUCGUUAAAAAGCCUGGAUGUUGCUUUUAUUAUUAUAUGUUUCCACCUUCUUCAUCUUGCCCCACAUGUCCCUAUCCUAGUACUCACUCAGAAUUCAAGGGAAGGAGAGAAGCCAACCUGCCAUCUUUGUUCAUGAACAGAUGGGUCCAUUCAGAAAGGUCAUCCACAGCUCCAACCAGAGUGAAAAGCUGAGUGUGUCCUAACUUUACAGAAAUUCAACUGCACAAACCUGCAGUUGCCUUCCCUUGAAACAUCUAUAAUCCUGAUAGUCCCACAUAGAUGGGCUUAAAUUUAAAAGUGCACAUCCAUGAAGGACCAGCUCCUGUGAAGUGAACUCAGUGGGCUGUGUCCAGCUCUUCCAUAACUCAUCUGUCCUAACUAGCUAGCAGUAGACAUGUCACCAACCUCAACUGCCAUCCAGUAAUGCUCUCAUAAUAGAUUCCUCUUCAAAGUAUCAAUAACUGCUUCUUUACCAGGCAGACAUGACAUCCUUAACAGCUCAGUUGUGGUUACCAGGGACUAGCCUUCAUUGUAGUGAAGAGUCAAAAGGAAAGGAGGGAUUCUCAAGUGUUGGCUUAUAGGCCCAUUUUAAUUUUUAUUCUUAGUAAAUGUGUGUACUACACGGAGAACAGCCCUAACAGCCUCACCCCUACUGCCACUGCCUGGUUGUCCUUCACCUCUCUCUGUCCCCACCUGCUGAUGAAAGUUAGUUUAUCAUCACUUCUUGUAGCCCAUUACAGAGCUGACCCAGGGCCCCAAGGCAGUGCCACCAAUGCUUCAGCAGACAGAAUGCUGUUCAGAGCUUAUGAAUAGUUGGCAGGAAAUAAGGAUAUAAUUUCCUUGCAUGUUCAAUUCUCCAGGGCCCUCAGGGAACAGACUUUAAAGUUCCGUUCUUUGAUUGCUGUCAGAGCUAUCAGCAUUGGCAACCAGGACUAGUGGUGCCUGGAUCAGUUUAUCCUACAAGCAGUAACUGGCCAGCUUCCUUCCAUUAGUAACUAGUAUAAACUAGUCGACCAAAUGCUGUAGACAGCAGCCCUGAAUGAGAUGACUGUCUGUUUUAGCAUCAAGAUCUCCUUAGAGAGCACCUUGAAGCAACUAUUGGAAUGGCCAGAAGGCAGAGGAUGGGGAGAAAGCCACUGAGAUGGACUGACCCAAUCCUUAGAAUGCCAACCUCUUCCACAGUGACUGCCUCCCUAAAUGAGUGGCACAUUGCUCCUAAGACUCUAAAACAGCUCUGGAGUUGAGCUCCAAGAAGGCUGAUGGCUGAAGUGAAUGGCUGAGAGCUGUUCCCUGUGGAGCCUGUGCUCCUCUCCAGCAGAUAAAUGUGCAAUUUUUAUAUGUACUUUUUAAACUGUAUAUUACAGUGUUUAUGUUGCAACUUUACCUGAGUGAGAUCUACAGAAAUCUUCCCUUCUUCCCUUGGCACAUAUUUGCGCUAAGAGGCGAGUGUCGCUCUGCGUGUGUGUGUGUGUGUGUGUGUGUGUGUGUGUGUGUGUAAGACAGAGAGAGAGAGUUUAUGUACGUUCAUGCACUUGUUUUAUUCAAAACUGUGAGUAUCUGUUUACUUCAACCUUGAAAUCCCAAGAGUCACUUGAAUAGUGAGUGUGUACACAUGUGUGCCCAUGUGCCUGCACACACAAGCUGGAGAUAGAGGCCAGGCCUCUAGGGGAGCAACCUGUGGCAGGGUUGACAGAUAUGUUCACUGCACUUGUCAGUGAGGGAGCCCUGGACCCCCCCUUCCACCAGCACAGUUUUUUCUUAAAGCCAAGACUGACUGUGCAGUAUUACUUAGGUGGCACAUUAGUGGCCUUGGAAAUUUCUAAACUUUUAACAUUUUUAACAGCCUUUCAUAUGAUUCACCUAUAUCAAAGAGGAUCAAGAAAGGAAAAGAAUGUAUUUUACUAUGCUUUGUUUUUAAGAGAAUGAUAUGUGUGAGGCUCCAUAUGGAGGAUGAUUGUGUCUUCCUGGCCAGCACUUAAAUACUUCCAGAAAAAAAGAGCUAGUCUGCCCACAGAGAGUCUUUCCUCUUCUAGACAGAAUAGCUGUGGAGCAAGCAUGCUGCUGUAGGCAUGAGUCAUGACUGCACCAUGCCUGGCAGGCUGGGGUUUGGCUCAUCUUACUAUAGCCCAUGUGCACAUAACUCUUUGCCUAAUUAUGCACUGAACUGGCAGCACAAAAGACCACUGACCACAUCAGCUAGCACAGCCCUUCACUUCCCACAAUGUUUGCAAAUUGAGACAUACUGUUUCAAUGUCAUUCUCAUGGUGCCUUGCCCAUGUAAAUUUGAAUGUUGACUAUUUAAUGAGGUUACAUAUUUAAUGCAGAAUGUUCCCUACUUUCUCUGCUCUGUCUGUAGGUAUCUUUUUCCUUUUCCCUUUUUUGUGUUAUAUCUUGGAUCCAGCCUUCCCUUUCACACUGCAAUAGAACAGGCAUGCACCUCUCCACUACCAUCAUCUCACAGCACUGGUCACCUGAGCACCUCUUCAUACCACAUGUUUCUUACUAUUUAUAUGUCCCUCAUAGUGAAGGGCAAGAAGUGCCAGCUAACUGGAGAAGGGCCUCAGGCUUCCAGAGACAGAUGGCUGUGUUAAUUCUCUCUGGAUAAUGGCCACAGAAUGUGAUUUUUUUCUUGGGGGGGUGGCAGAGUCCAGGUUAGGGCAGAACAGAGACAAGAACUAUAUUUCUAGGCAAGAAGUCCAUCAGAUGGGCCUCUGAGCAUUUCCCAAAAUAAUGAAAUUCAGUCAGUAAAACAUUAUCAUAAGCAUUUUACAUUUCCAUUUUAAUUGUAGGAACCUGAAUUCAUCAUCAGCUGAAAACAAAUCCUGCCCCUGGAGACACAGAUACACAUUUUAUACACACACACACACACACACACACAUGAAUUUUGGAGUGUGAUUAGCAUGGCACUUUAAGUUUUGACAAGUAAUGUCUGUAUUAAUUGGAUUUUUUUUCUUUUCUAUUAAAGUUUCUACCAUAGAUUCUUCUAUUUAUGUUGAGAGUUUGAACAAUUAAGCCCCUAUUGGAACUUUUCCUUGGCCACAUGAGCAUCAGCAAUCUCUCAGUACAUGUGGGUGCUAGAGACAGGACUGUAGCUAGAGUAGGCAAGAGCAGAGUGAAUGUAUCUUAGAGUGCCUUGUUAGAGUAGUAACCUAGCAUGGAAGGAGGAGUCAGCAGUGAGAGGCCUUUGGGGAUGCUGACACCCACGUGGUGUGCAAAAGUUAAUUGUGAAGAACAGCGACUGGAUGAGCAGGUAAGAACUUAGAACCUGAGGAACAACAGCAUGAUAUUCAUGAAGAAAGUCCACCAACCCCAAGACUGAGUGAAUAUUAGGAACCAGACCUAAGGCACUGAGUUUCAGGAUUUGCCCUCAAGAGAUGGACUGGGUUAAGGUCUGAAGGGGGCACAAGCACCCCCAUAUGCCUCAAACCCCUGAUGCUGAGGGAUGAGAAAUAAAACCUCCCAUUGUCAGAUUAGAUGGAGCCAGUUCUAUUUCCAAGCUGAACAUGUAUUUAAAAACAUGGAAAUCUAAGCCUCUAGAAAUAUUGAUGGUAUUUCUGGGAAUAAAAUACCUUAAAUUUUAUUUCAAAUGUAGAAUUGUAAAAUUCCCAUGAAGUUUCUUUGGAACCCAUUAAAUAGGUCAUAGAAGGCUUACACCCAGCUUUCCAAGUUUUAUUUAUGAGUAAUUCAGCAUUGGAAAGUCACCUGACAUUAGCUGAUCACCUACAACUAGGAUUUUCCCAUAGCUUUUGCCCAGAAUGACCUGAAAAAAAAAAUACAGAUUAGUCUCAGAAAUUAGGAUGGAUUUAGGAUGCUGCUUUAUAUUUUGGGUUAUUCCGCCUAUAUAAAGUAUGAGCACACUUGGAAACAAAAGAGGAAUGCAGCUCCCUGGGCCAAUUCUGGCAUGCUCUACAUUCCCCUCACUAGUGGAUAAGGAUUAAAAUUCUGGUCCAGCCUAAUGAAUGAACAGGAUGGCUGCCCAUAAAACUGGGUUCUUAGAUUUACCUCAUUGAAGCUCAUAUUCUCAAAGGCCCAAAGUGCUAUGCUGAGACAAACCCAAGUGUUGGCCCUGCUGAAGUGUGCCCUGAUAUCCAUCUGCCCAUAUUCACAGUAGUGCACAGGUGGGGAUGCCAUGGACCAAAACCAGUGCCCCAAGAGAAGCCAGAAGAGCCAUAAUGCAAAAUCCUAGACAUAUUAUACCAAAGAAAUCAAGCCUUUUUAUCCUGAUGCUUCACAGAUGAUGAGGCUGAGCUGUGACAGAUGCCAGGGGAAGGGAAUUCACAUACAUUCCAUGUUCAGGGUAUUCAGCUAAUCUAUCCUCAAAAAAUCUAUGUUUUCAGGAAGUCCAUUUUGUACAUUAGAAGAAAAAGAUGAUGGUGGUGAUAAGGGUGAGGGGGAGGUGGUGGCAGCCUAGAGCAGAUAGUGCGGUUCUCUAGUUUCUAACCAAAAGGAGCUCUAACAGCCUACUCACCAGGGCUGACUGUUGCCCAGACCUUAGCUCAAGAGCAUCAUGUCCACAUAAUUGGAAACUUGGGUUUGGGUUUUGUUUUUGUUUUUUUAAGAGGAGGUAGUUUCCAAAGGUUUGUUUAAAGAACUCUUGGGAAAUUUCUUAACACACUGUAUCAUUUUCAUAAACUUCCUACAAAAGGCGUUUAUCAUUCAGCAUCACCAUCUUUUAAUAUGUAUAAGUGCCCAGACUGUCCAAGGUGCUACACAGCUGUUAUAUACCUACUCCCUGCAGCUGUUUGAAAUUAGAGAUUUCUGCAUCAGCUGUUUCCAGAAACUACCCAUGUAGGUGGGCUGCAGGGGUCUGCAUUCCAAACAUCCCUUACAUGUUUCCCCUUCAAGAGCCUCUACAUCUGUUCUGAUUCUCACCCCAUCCCACCCCACCCCCAUGGUUUUCUAAAUCAAGAAAGUUUCAGGGAAUCAAAAGAGGUCGGAAUUUUUUUAACCUAGCAGAAUUACAGAGUUAUAUAUUUUGCUACGAGUAUUGUUGUAGUACAGAAAAUCCACUUUGCCCAUUAGUAUGUGGCUGGUUUGUAUGUGUGUGCACUCUUAGUAACUUGAAUGUUGAGCCAGCCUAUGGCUUCAGUGUAG